AUAUAUAUAUAUAUAUAUAUAUAUAUAUAUAUAUAUAUAUAGGGGAUGGUGGUGAGAUUCCGGAGUAUUUUAUGUGUCCGAUCUCGCUUCAAAUCAUGAAGGAUCCCGUCACGGCGGCGUCCGGCAUAACCUACGACAGGGACAGCAUCGAAAAAUGGUUGUCCGAUGGUCGGGGGACUAUGUUGUGUCCGGUGACGAAGCAGCCGUUGCCGAGAGGCGCGGAGUUAACGCCCAAUCACACUCUCCACCGCCUCAUUCAGUCGUGGGCCGCCGCCGGCGCAGCCGCCGGCGUCCACCGGAUUCCGCCGCCUAAUCCUCCUCUAACCAAGGCUUACGCCGUUAACCUAGUCCGGGCCCUCUCCGUCCCGAUCCUCCGUUUGAAAGCGCUGCGGAAGCUGGAUAUGGUGGCGGCGGAGAGCGAGAGGAAUCGGAAGUUCAUGGCGGAGGCCGGCGUGGUUAAGGAGAUGUUGUCGUUUGUUGUCGAGUGUUACAAAGAAGGAAAAACCGCCGGACUGGAAGAAGCUCUCAGAAUUCUUUAUUUAAUGAGAAACUUUUCCGGGGAACUGAGCCAAUUUGUUUCGUCGGAAAAUGAUCGGAUUCUGGACUCGUUUUUAUGGGUUUUGGAUAAUUAUGAUCCCGCCGGAGAUAUAAAAACGCAUGCAUUGUGCGUGUUGAGAACGUUAAUGGCGAAAGGGGAUUAUUCCGCCGCGCUGCUAGAGAGGCUAAAACCGGAGCUCCUGAAGAAACUAGUGACCAUUCUAAGGGAAUCAGAAAAAAACAAGAUGAAUCCGCAAGGAAUCAACGCCGCCUUACACGUCAUGUCGGCGGCCUGUCACUGGGGGAGAAACCGGGCCGCCAUGAACGAAUCCGGGGCGGUGUUCGAGCUCAUCGAGGUGGAAAUAAACAACUCCCGUGAAAACAAAACCACGGAGCUAGUUCUGGGCAUCUUAUCCCACCUCUGCUGCUGCGCCGACGGGAGAGCGCAGCUGGUGGGCCACGCGGCGGGGAUAGCGGCGGUGAGCCACGCGAUCCUGAAGGUGUCGGCGAGGGCGGACGAUGAGGCGCUGCGGGUGCUGUCGUCGAUAUCUAGGUUUUCGGCGACGAGUAGAGUGAUCGGAGAGAUGGCGAGGGUGGGGACGGUGGCGAAGCUUUGCAUGGUGCUUCAGGCGAACUGUGCAUCUUCGUUGAAGGAUAAAGCAAGAGAGAUUCUGCGAACCCAUUCUGAUAUUUGGAAGGAUUCGCCUUGUGUUGAAAUGCUUGCUACCUUCACAGUACAAGGUGUGCUACCACCUCAUCACCAUCAUCCAUUUCAAUCCUAGCUUCCAUCUUUUCAUAUCACACACCAAAAUCGUGUGUGUAUAUAUACACUGUAUAUACAAAUUAUUUGUGCAUUACAUAAGUAACAAGUUGAUAUGUUUUCAUACUCUAAAAA